AUGACUGCUCAAGCAAAUAGAUGUAUAAGUUCAACAAAUGAACAUGAUAUUGAUUUAGAAAAUUGGAUUAUUCGAGUAAAGAAGCUUCAAGAAGAUCGUAAUGGGGAAGAUGAGGAACGUGAUAGGAAGCUAGAAGAGGAAAUUUUAGCGGAAAGGCAAGCUAGACAUGAGAGAAGAGCACAACGGGAACUUUCUUUAUCUCCUGAUAGACUUAAACCUGUUUCAUGUGCUAGUUCUCGGCAUUCUAUUUGUUCUUUAUCAAAUUUAUUUAAGGAAAAAUGUUCUACUAAAACUGAUUUGCCAAAUACAGUUUGUUAUAAGGAUUCUUUUGAGGAAAAUAUUAAUAAAUAUUCCAAGAAUUUUUCUGAAAUAUCAGAGCAAGCAUAUAUUUUAACUGACAUGCAUACGAAAGAAGACAGUUCAUCUUCAGCUUUAGGAACAUCUGCAGAUAUUGAGAAUAAUCAGGCAUGUAAUUAUGAAGCUCUUUCUUUUCAGGCAAAAGAGUCUUUAUAUGCAUCUCAGUUGCGAUCUAAGGAUGUUUCAUAUGCUUCAUCUAUCUUAAAAGUUAAAGAAAUUGAUAAAAUGGAACCAGGAGUGCUAGAAAAUAAACAAAUGCCUUUGAAAAAUCUUUCUAAUACUAUUCUUUCUUCAGGAAACCUUGAAAAUUGUAAACCAGUGUCAUCUCAAAAUUUUAUAGAUGUUAGUUCAAGCCCUUAUUCUUCGCCUUCUCUAAUAUCAUCAUAUUCUGAUACCUUAGUUUCAAACAGAUUAUUAGGAAGUGAUUUGCCAUCAUUAAGCCCAACUAAAGGAAGUUUUGUGCAAAGUGCUGCAAUGAAAAAUAAUGAAUAUCGAAAAUCAGUAUCUGAACUUUCUAGAAAUAGUUCUAUUCUUUCUCGGAAAAGUGCAAAAUUAAACUCAGAAAUAUUAAUUAAGAUGUCGGGCGUUCAAAAAAUAAAGUUAAAUGAUGAAAUUAAUUCAUUAGAGAAUGAUGCGAUUUUUUCUACAAAGGAUAAUAUUAUAUUGAAUUCUGAUUAUAAAUUGAACUUAAAGGAAUCCUGUAAUACUUUGGAAAAUACUAAAACAAAUAUGGAAAAUAUGUCUUUUUCUGGUGACUUGAAUGUUUUAGAUCCUUUAAAAAAAAAAGGUUCUGAUGAUUCUUUAAAACCUGCAUCUUUGGAGUUUAAGAAAUUAAAUACUUCUCCGACUUCCUUCCAUGAAUUUCAAAAUGUAUCUAGUAAGGUAAAAAACAAUUUUUCUAGCCAGUUUUCUACACCCAAAUCCUCAAUUAUCGAGGGAUCGCCGGAUUUUUCCGAUUUUUCUAAAGGAAAAUAUUCAUCUUCAGCUUCAUUUUCUAAUUCUUCAAAGAUGGAUUCUUUUAAGGCAGGAAUACUUGAUGCUAAAAAUAAUUUGCGCCCUUCUUUUAGGACAUCGUCUCCCAAGUAUGAUCCUUUUAAGGAUGAUAUUCUAAAUGCAAAAGAAUCUCUUAAAUCAUUUUCUGCAUCUCCGCGAGAAAAAUCUGAUAUUUUUAAGGAACGCCUUUUGGAAGCAAGAUCUUCUUUAGGAAAACCAGGAAGUUCUAGUUGUAAAUCCUCUAUUGAAGAUUCUUUGCCUUUAAGAUUUAAAAAAUCAUAA